CUAAAUGUUCUUUAUCAGUGCGUUUACUAUGAUUAAGAUACGGUAGGUUUUCAUUGAAAUCGGAACAAACGUGCAUAAGCAUAUGAUUUGCGCCUUUUGAUUUUCUUAAAUGGAUACAAUAAAAGAAACCUUCUUAAAUUUGUAAAGGGCCGUCUAUUAUCCUAUUUACAGUUUUCCUUGUUCAGCCGGUUUGGCAGAAGCGAGUGCGCACAGUACGGGGCAAUUUUGCCGUAAAAUAAUUCAAAGACAAUCCUACACGAGUCAUGUGAUUGCAUCAGGAAUCUGACCAUAGGCGCCUCGGACUUAAAGUUUUCCGAUCUUUUUAAACAAGAAUUAUGGAGGAAUCGUGUCUACAAAAUUAAUGAUUAAAGGUAAAUAAGUGAAAAUCAUUUGCGUCAACUGUAUAAUGGUCAUAACCUGCAAAUGAUCAUGAGCAUGUGAGGAGGAGGAGGUGCAUAUUUUUCUGCCAGCUAUAUAUGUCUAAAUCUAAGUUUUCAGAAGCCAUGAGCACCGAUAUGCAGGCGAAGGAAUUAGAUGAAAAACAGGACCAAACCAAUGAUUUGUUGAAUACUUGGGGAUCAAUACCUUGGAGUGCCGCAAAGCGAUUUAUAUCGUUCUUAUGGCGGGGCGUAGGGUUUGUUGGCACUUGGGCAUUUCAAAUCACAAGUGAUGUAUUCGGGCCUUUAUUCGGAAGAGAUCCGGAUACAAGAUGUAGACAAUUACAGAUGCAGGUAGACGAUUUAAAGAAAACGGUCGACGAUCUCAGCCAGGAGAAUGAACAGUUGCGGAACAAGAUCGAAGAUUUCAACAAGCGUAGCGCACAAAUAAUGGAAGAGAGUGGGACGCUCGAAAAUACAAACGACGAAUUCUCCAAUACCCGGCUCGCGGAACGCUUUGAUGUUGCACUGAAGGCUCAAUGGUUAAAAUUAUGUGAAUCAUUGAGGGAUACCUUCGACGAAAUUCAGUACCUAACACAUCUUACAGACGUUAUGCAGACAGUUUUCAAGCACUCCACCCAAGAAGUUGAGAAAACAGAGAAAUAUCUGUUACAGAUUGUAAAAUAUGCAAAUGGGGACCAGAAAAAGGUGCGACACACCUUACGGGUUGCUCGGAAGCCACUUGGUCAGAAACAAAGUACACGAGACUGCAUUGUUCCGAAUAUAGUCGCUAAAGUGACAGAAGAUUACAGGAUUAAUACUUUAUUAACCGAAUAUAAUCUGCCCGAUGCAGUGGUCAAACAGAUUGUCAAAUUUAUAAAUGAUUUGGUGGACAUUUGUUGGCUUAUGUGUAUUGCUAACCCGCCUCUCAAACUGAACUUUGAAGCGAAAGGAGUAAGUUUCAAAUCAGUAGGCAGUCGAUUUGUUGAAUUCGCCGCCACUGGAGACGACAAAUAUUCUGAUGGCAAAGCUGGUGCAGUUUAUCUUGUUGCUUGGCCUUCUGUGGAACUUGAGAACAGCAGUGGGUGUUUGAAGAAAGGCGAGGCCAUUGUGUGUAAAUAGAUGUAACACGUUAAACAAUGCUCUUAUUGUGAGCGUUUGUAAUCACCCUUUUUCCUUCGUGAUUCAUCCGUCGUCUAUAUCGAACGUUCGACCACUUUAGAUGCACAUUUCCUGCCCAUUCUUUAUAAAAUUGUUAAGAAUAUUUUUCAUAAUUAUACCUCGCCCAAAUUUUAACUGGUAACGUUGGGUAAGCAUCUUAGUUAUAAAACAAAUUAAAGAAAUAGCUUAUCAGCACACGCAAUGCCACAUAGUAUGCCCAGUCGUCAUGACUGAUAACUUGUUUUAAUGAUAUUUUUGCCGAUUUUGGAAAUGGUUCAUGUGCAGUGAAAAACACGGCGGCCAAGAGGCGAGUCAGUCUUCAAUAUAUUGUAGUUAAAUUGUGUGAACACCAAACAAGUAACAUUUUCAACAUACAAAUUGCUUACAACAUUUGUUCGAAUGAUAUAUCGAUUGAGUUCUAAAAUCGUAGAGGCGGGGCAGUUUUCAAAUUAUGGCUUUUAAAAAUAUUGCGAACCUUUACAAGUCAAAUUUUUCAAAUCAUAAUGAAACUUCACCAGAACGUUUGUUAUUAAGAUAUAUCGGCUUAGUCCUAACAUAACGCCGUUAAGUUGAAAAUAUUGUUUGCAAAGAAACAUUAUGAAACGUGCCCAGAAUAAGUUAUUUGAACUAUAUGUUGACGAGUUAGGAAAUUAUUCCUGUCACUUACCAAACAACACUAAUGUUAUACUCAAUAAAACAUACCAUCGAGCAUGCAUUUUAACGUGUUCACCUUGGUGCAUUUGUGUUAUGUAAGCAGAAUUAGUGCCCUAUGUGGCAAACAAUUACACUGUUUAUUUGAGUCGUAAAUUCAAACUACUUGAGUGAUGAACAAAUGUAUGUAGACAUUAGCAUGUUUUCUUGUGCAACUGGGUAAUUGUAUGUAUAUCACCUUAAUACUACCGCUUAAUGGAAAGCGUAAUGUUUUUACAUCCAGGUCAUUCGAGCAUAUGUACAGAAUAACACUUUUGGUUAUGAUUGAAGACGUUUUAAGGAGUUUUAAGAAUAUUGCUUGAAUAUCGUGUUAAAAUAGUGGGCUCUUAAAGUCUGAUUACACGUUACGUAUUGCUUCUUUGCCUUUUGCUGUGUGAAUUUCAGAGAUAUCCAAAUAAUAUUUAUUAUGCGGCUCAAAUCGUUCCAAACGAAAUAAAGCAAUGAACCGUAUACGAUGUAAGUGUUUUAUAGAAAAAUGCGGACUACGGUGCCAUGAAUAUUAUUGAAAGGUUAACUAUACCAUAUAAUAAUUUAUACUUUUAUUGUUUAAACUGAUGAAAAACGUUUCAACAUAAAUAACAGUGAAUAAAUUGAAAAUAAUAAACAGUGAAUUCAUGAA